AACGCACAUGCGCACGAGUCGCCUUCACCACACCGGAAGUUCUCUUACUGCUUUUAAAGCGGCGCAUCCUGCGUUUUGUGGAGGACACAAUUCAGCCGAAAUGAUCAGUAAAGUGGUUGGUGCGAAGUAUGUGGCCAUUGCCAAAUCAUGGAUCCCAACCAUGGCGGUUUGGGGCACAGCAGGAGGCGUCGCCCUGGUCCACUUCACAGAUUGGAGAUUGAUUUUGGAUUAUGUCCCCUACGUAAGCGGCAAAUUCAAGAAUGACGAGUAGAGACACUAAGUCAGGUCGGUGCCAGAGACUUCAAUAAGGAACCAUAACUGCCUCAGCCUGCAUUGGCUGCCAGGCCACUGAAAGCGGUCGUCUUCAUCCUGCGGCUCCGCAAACAUUGAACUGUUCUCUCCAUCAGCAUGAAACAAACCGGAGUCAAAAUUCCUCAAACAGUGCAAACUUGGACGGAAGGAAAAUGAAAGCACCAACAAUAGAUGGACUUUUCUUUUUCUUUUUUACCACUUCUUUUGGGGUCGGGUAGUUAUUUGAAUCAUCGGUCUUAUGUUUGUCAGACCUGAUGGACUUCUGUCCAACACUGUAAUUGUUUUAAAGAGAAGUAAAGUAUGUGAGAUAUAACCUC